AUGGAGUUCUCUCCCGUCAUCAUCUAUUUGGGCGGUGUCCUUUUCAUCGCGUACUGCAUCAAUUGCAUACGGAUAGCUUUUCGACCGGGCCUUCGAAGCCUGCCGGGUCCCUUGUCUGCCCGAUUCUCUCGUUUAUACCGUUUGUCCCUGGUCGCUGGAGGUAAAGCUCCUGCGGAGUACAGGAAGGUCCAUGAGGUGUACGGACCGAUUGUUCGCGUGGGUCCGAAUCACGUCUCGAUCGCAGACCCGUCUGAGAUCCCUCUGAUCUACGGAAUCGGGAGCAAAUUUCUCAAGACUGAUUUCUAUAACACGAUGAGUCCCUCGUACCAGGGCAAGCCCAUGCCCAGCGUCUUCACCGAGCGCGAUCCCAUAGCCCACCGGAACUUAAAGAGACCCGUUGCUCAGUUAUUCGGGAUGACAAACAUGCGAAACUACGAGCCGUACGCGGACGAAUGCACCGGCAUAUUCAUUGACGCCAUGCGUGAUCUGGAGGGUCAGCCCGUUGAUCUUUCAGCCUGGGUUCAGUGGUACGCCUUUGAUGUCAUUGCGAGCAUGACUUUCCAACGACGCUUUGGCUUCCUCGAGGAACGCCGCGACAUUAACAACAUGAUCGGAGACCUUGACGGAGGCCUGCAUUAUGUCAAGAUCAUCGGCCAAUAUCCAGAACUCCACCCAUGGCUGCUUGGGAAUCGGACAGUUGUGGGAACCUUGAAGUGGCUUUUCCCGCAAAUCCCUGAUGCGCUGUACAGGUUUCUGAAGGUCACCGAAGACGAGAUCGUUCGGUACGACACCCAAGGAGGAGGAGAGAAGACGGGGCGGACAGAUUUUCUGGCGCAGCUGAGGGAGAAAGAGGCCAAAGACGGGAAAAUCCCAUUCAGGGACAUGAUGAACCAUCUGUCCAACAAUAUCAUUGCCGGCUCCGAUACCACGGCGGUCUCGCUGCGCGCGUGCUUUUACUACCUCACCAAGACGCCACGGGCGUUCGAGAAGCUCGUGGCAGAGAUCGACGAAGCGGAGAAAAACGGACAGCUGUCGACUUACAUAUCGUAUGAGGAAUGUCUGAAGCUUCCGUACCUACAAGCCGUGAUGAAAGAGGCCAUGCGCUUGCACCCGGGCGUCGCCCUGCCGCUGGAGCGGUACGUGCCCCCAGAAGGCGCAACCAUCUGCGGCGUCGACCUCCCCGGCGGCACCAACGUCAGCAUCACAGCGCCCGUCGUGCAGAUGGACAGGGCCAUCUACGGCAGCGACGUCGACGCAUUCCGCCCUGAACGCUGGCUCGAAGCGUCGGCUGAGCAACUGAAACUCAUGGAUCGGAGCUUCCUCGCGUUCGGCGCCGGAGCGCGCACGUGCAUCGGCAAGAACAUCUCCAUCCUCGAGAUGGGCAAGUUCAUCCCGCAGAUCCUGCGCCACUUCCACAUCGAGUGGGCGUCGAGCGAGCCCGAGUGGAAGACCGAGGCCGUCUGGUUCUGGAAGCAGUCCGGCGUCAUUGUCAGGUUCAAAUGGCGAGGAAAAUAUUGA